CCGCGCCCCCGAGCUUUCUCUCGCUUCUCCUUCACAAGCCUCGCGAACGUCGCCAGUGACCGCAACCCGUCCCGUACGAGAGCGGAAUACGUACCGGAUCGGCUGCGAUUUCAUUUCCGCGUACGACUCCCUCGUUCUUCCGUCAGCCGUCAAGGGUGCACCGGCGAGCGACAGCAGCAGCGAGAGCGGCAAACGCCAUGGCACGUCGCGGCGAAUACCUCAAGGCGAUUUUCCUGUUGUGGUGUGUCUCGGGCAUUGUAUUCAGUGUUCCUGCCCCUUCGUCGAUGCCACGACAAGUGGAUGAGCAACGUUACACCACACGGAGGACGCCGAAAGUCUACGUAGAGAUGCCUACUUCAAGGACGAGGUCGCCUUUGGCGAUAGUCAAUUCCGAACUUAAAACGACCACGACCAUGCCCUCGACAACGCCGACCACGCACAGGUCGUCCUUCACACCCCUGUAUCGACUGGACGGCAGCAACGGACAAGCCUGCAUUCUUCUUCAAGUGGACGCGCUGAUCGUCGUCAAGUAUCGCACGAUAUACGGCGAGAGUGAACCGGCGAAUAUCUACGUACCUGACGACGCGACCGUGACCGGCAAUUGCGACAACGAGAACACGGUGACGAUGUCGUUGAAAUGGGAGGCCUUCGUACUGUCAUGGAGUUUCGCUAAGACACCCGGUGGCGAGCGCUGGUACGUCGAGAAAAUCGAAUUGACCUAUAACUCCAGCGACAAACACUUCAAGCAUAUCGAUCAGCCGAACAAAACCAUCCGUUUGAGCACCGGCCAGAGGCACAGCUCCAUGCUGUUCCCCACGCCGGUCGGGAAGUCGUAUUCUUGUUCCAACGAAACCGCAAUCCCGCUGACCGACGGCAAGAACAACGCCAGCGUGUUGCUCAGAAGCAUGAAGCUACAGCCGUUCAAGUUCAAGAACAACGACUUCGCCGUCGAGUUUUCGUGCACCGCGCUGAGCGCUCGCGCCAGCAGGGAUGAAACCGCUCCGGUCGCGGUCGGCUCCACACUGGCCGCAGCCGUCCUCCUGACGAUCACCGGCUACGCGGCCUAUCGAUACUUCAAAGUGAAGAAAGUCAAAUACGACACGAUGGAGUAAGCGAACCAAGGUCACUGUCGCUGACGAUGCCAAAGAACAUGUAUCGCCAAAGAAGCAUGGAAGAGAGAGAUCAAAAGAAACCGACCUCGAUUCGUGAUUAGGGCUCGUAGAAUUUCCCUUUCAAUGCGCUAGUCGAUCCAUUCUGAGGAGGGUUCGUCGUCGCCUCGCGCGGUCGGACUUUUCUCUUCUGUCGGACACACGAACGCAACAACAGGAUCGAUGGAUUUCCAAUUGUUCGGGACUGACACGCACUGACUAUCCACGAGAGAGAGACACAAGAGACGAGUCGACCAGAUUAGCUUGAGUCACACGAAAUCCGGCGACGUUUAGGGUAGGCUCCGUGUUCCGUGUCAGGCGAGAUAUCAUUAGAAGAACCGUAGAUAGACAUAUCUGAGAAAUACAUAUCCGAGAGAUUCUAUCAUAAACGUACUCAUUUAGCGAGCGAUACACUUCUAAGAGGUCUCGCAUGCGGUCUGCAUGCGCGGGUGUAACGGAUCGGGCGUACCUGAAGUACUCUUUAGUCACAUUGAAGGAAGCAAUAGUCUCCUCGUACGAAGGCAAUAUCGAUGGCUGACAUCGCGAUUCCGUCGUCCCACGUCGUAAACCCGCAUCGUUGCUCCGAGCUCGACGCUCUUGUAAGAUACUUUAACGACAAUUACAUAUCUCCGGGAAUAUAUAUUACUUUUACACACAGGUUGUCAUCUCAUUCACGUGAGACUGUUUGUUGCCCGUACAGAGGAGGCAGAACCGUCUUGACAUUCGUAAUGCUCGCCGCAGCGUCGUUUGUCGAUUUUAUAAUUAGAAAUCCGUCACCAAACCGCGUAACUAAUGCAUAAUUAUAAAUAACAGUGAACUAGACAGGUCAUCGAUUCACAUGGCCGUGAGUGCCGUCGUCCUGCACGGAAAUGUCGUCGGCGACGGUGCGUAACGGGACUUCGCUGCUGAUAUACGCGCGACACGUUUGUCAAUUGUGCACAGUGUCGGGAAUGUGUCAACGAUAUACGUUUGCUCGUUCGUUCGUUCGCAAUUUAAUGGAAAAAAAAAAGAACAAAUACGACAUCGUCGUAAUCGCAAACUCGGAUGGUUGUAUCGAUAGGCUUUCUAAUUCGUGGAUCCACGCGUCGUCGGACGCGCGCACGAUCACCGGGAGGGGAACAUUUUAAACGUGUUACUUGUGUGUGUAUCACGCCGUCGCAGGGAUUGAUCGCGAGGUCCUUGAAUUUUGCAUAAUUUUCUAGAAUAUACACGAGAGAUCUAUUUUUUGGCGUCUCGCAGUGUUUUGCAUUCACGCAAUCGGACGAUUAAGUUGUUCUUUCCUCGACUUCGUAACUUCGGGCUGUAAUAAGCGUGUAGCAUUUCCUCCUCCCUCGAAGAAAUAUCACGACAUAUCUGCUCUCGGUGCGAAUGUCACACCUGUGGCUUACAUCGAUCACUAAUCCAUGUCGAAAAGAUUUCGAGCUGUAAACACGCCUCGGAGAACGUGAGAAGGCCCUUCUUCUUGGCAGCUAAAGAUUAGACGCGUAACGGGUGGCUAGGUGUAAUAAAGGUGUUGAUAACAUUUCGGUGUGACGCCUUAUAAUUACUUGUACAUAGCGUUCGAACUAUAAUUUAUUAACAGGUCGUUCGCGAUUUUUUACUAUCGAUUCAUUCGUUUACUCGACUAUACGUUACUACUCUUUAUAGCGUUAUAGCCUCGUAAGCUCUCGAUUUGCGAAAUCCAUUUAAGUCUAAGAGGUACUUAGCCUGUAAAUAUAGAAUUAAAUCAGUUAAUCAUCGUACGUUACUGUUUGUGUCUUGAGUGGAAAUGAAUCGUGAUCCGAGCCGGCUCGCGCUUCAUUCUCGUACAAGUCAUUCGCUUGAUUUCGCGAUAGUAUACGAGGAAAUCGGGAAAUCGUGUAAUUUACAUAUCUCCUUUUCUCUCUCUCUCUUUCGAGUCUGUUUUUAAAAUCUUCUUCGGACUAUUUCCACGAAUGUAUCGAUCUCAGAUGCUACUGCACCAUCUGGUCUCCGUAAGUAAGAGUGACGUUGCGCACACGCCACGGUGAGAUGAUCUUUCGUUGAAAUUAUCAUUCCGUGUGUGGUGUCGCGCGAUAUAUCUCGUUUAAGUACACGAGCGCACACGUGUAUCGAGAAAGAAAGGUCGUUAAAAGCCGUCGCUUGAUGCUGGUGCGCGAUAAUAUUUUUCUAAUAGCGGAAGAAUAUAUAUUGUACGAACGUGUAACGCGUACCUGCCGGUUCUCCUCAGACUUUCUAAGUACACCAAGUUUCUAAUUUGAAACAACCCAUAUUACAUACAUUUUUAUUAUUAAAUAUCCACUUUUACAUGCCCCGGACUUUAAGCGAAAGCUAUUGUUAGUGUUGCGAAAAGUAGUGCGAACUACGAAGUCCACGAUGUUAGGUCUCGGACGGGAUUGUCGGUCGGAUAUAAAAGUUAUUCGAAAUUACUGGAAAUUUACUAACAUUCUAGUACUUUUCAGGCAUCUACAAGCGGCGAUACUCCUUUUUUUCUUAAUACACGGUAGGGCAUCGAGAUAGUCGAUAUAAAUAUUUAAACUUUGUUACACGUGUUACGAUAUAUCACGUGUGGAGUUUAAUUAAAUUAAUCGCACAGGUACGAUUUGGCGAUUGGCGUCGACCACACGCGAGUUUCUUUCGAUCGCUCUUCCCGCAAAAGUUUUCCACUUUUCCAUUCGACACGAUACUUCAGACCCCUUUUGUAGAUACAUCCACUCGCGCUCGUUAGGAAUUCGCGAUUUGAUUUACCUCGACUAGAUUUUCGUGGCGCGAUGACGUUUCUUCACGGGGGGUCGUCGGAUCCGCGCAAACUUUCGUUCGAAUUUUAUUACGCUGUUUUGUGUGUGAUUUGAUCACUUGUACAAGGCGUAUCACGCUGAAUACGAUACGGUGGCAACGGACGAAAGGCAGUUCAUUUACAUACAUCGGAGGUGGCUGAUCGCUGGCGAUGGCGUGCGAUAAAUAAUAGUUACGAGCGAGUUGUGGCGCGUACCUAAGUGUGUAAAACGCGCAUGUCCGCGCGUGCGUGUGCAUAAGAUUAUACAUUCCCACGCGCCCACAUGCACACCAUAUAAAUAUAUACAUAAAUUAUAUAUAUACACACAUAUAUAUAGAUACAUAUACGAGGAGAGAAACUUACAUUAUAUCGAUAUAUGCAUAACAUAUAAACCUCUGUCUUCCAAGUGCAUAUUAAAGUUACUUCAUGUGUAAAUAUAUAUAUUACGGAUAUCGUAUAUCGUAUUUCCAAGACGUAUCGUCAUUGUCGACUGGUAAAUGUGGCCGGCAGUGUUGUGCGAGUAUCGUGGCUAUUCGUUGGAUCUUGGCGGGACUUGAAGAAUCUGCCCUCGACAGAUCUUCCUCGUUACCUUGGAGUAAGAGCGAUUAACCGAGCGGUCCUCUCGGUUUAGCAGUGGAGAAAGGAAAUUUUACGCGAAGGUGGACCGAUCAUCAUCCGAUGACUCAUCCGUCAUAUACUUGUAGCUUAGGUCAAUGCGAAUACAAAUUCCUGCACCAUUUUGCAAACGACCGCGCAAAGUGUUUUCAGUUAUUAAUUAAAGAAGACAGAGGAAAAUAAUCAUGCCAUCCUCCACUCGCGUUUCGCCGCGUCGCGCAUGAUUAUUUUCUCCUGUCUUCUUUUAUUAAUCUUGGUAUAAAUGUAUGCAGUUUUCCUAGACACUCAUUCAGUCACCGUCUAGUAUUAAUGCAUUCUCAUUAGUUGUGACAAUACUGUGUAGGAAGUAGACAAGAACUCGAUGAAAUUUUUGAAGCAGUUUUCCUGUAGUAAAAAUAUAUGUGGUUACCGCAGUCACCUGCCCGGUUAUUGUCUAAUUUUAAUCAACUGAACAGUCUUUUUUGUCAAUUUAUUGUCCUGCUUUCGUUCAGCAGUUCAGAGUUGGCGUAUCUUUUGCGCGCAGUAAUUGCAGGAAACAUUUCAUCUCGAUUGAGAUGCCAAGUGGAUUAACUCAUCAGUUAUCAGACAGAAUUUAAUAUAAUGUCCAGCAACUGCUGAAAAAAUGCAUGAAAUUUCUACCAGGGAAUAAUUCAAAAGUUUACGUAUUUGUUUGUAAAAUGAUACAGAACAUUCUUGUUCACGUUAAUUCAAGCUACAAUUAUAUGACGAAUGAGACACUUAACGACAGACGUCCUGUAUAAAAGUUUUUCGUGGCUCAGUUUUUACUACGAUUCUUUCAAAUUUAGCCCCGUCGCUCCUUUCUUUCGCAUCGCUCUCCAAGACCUAAGCUGGUACUAGGAAAGAUCGGACGAAAGUCACGCAUGCUCGCGGUACCGUGAUAAUAACACGAGAAAGGUCUAGCUGUAAUUUACGAAAAUGUAUUUUUGUGCUAAAGUCAAUCUUACUAUAGGUAUAUUAACGGGCAGUAGUGAUUAAGUGGAUAAGCGGCGCGAUUUCGCGGCUCUCGUAUCGACGCGGUUCGACGGCUGGCAGUCGUUUUGCAAUCUACACGUAGUGCUUCUCCUUUCCUCCUUUCCUUCGAGGAAACUGCGAAGAGAAGGCGACGCACGAUGACGUUGGCCGUCGAAUCGCGGCGUCUCACGGUGAAAUGACGUCAAAUUAUGAAUCAUAUCGCUUGACCUAUAGCCGCAGCGUUAAGUCUAACGAUUAUUACUACAACUCGUUACCGCCUGGACCGAUAACGGGGAGAUGGAUCCCGGUUUCACGUAAUAUAGCGACAUACAUCUCCUAAAAUUGUAUCAUAUCGAUCAAAUAAAGGCUGUUAUACAAGUUCA